GGAAGACUAGGAAUAGCAUUGCAAGAUAAGGUCAUUGGUCGUUAGUCAUGUGAUCAGUAAUUACGAAUUGUUUACUGUUUUUUGUUUAAACCUGAUAGCUUUUGUCCGUCAAGAUAUUUUACUACUUAUAUGAUUGAUACAAUCAGAUCACGGACUCCGUCAGUUGUUGCCAUCUUGUUCCAAGCCAAACCCAAAACAUUCAACACAGUUCUUCGAAGCAUUGAAUAAAUAGUGGCCUGAGAUUGACGUUUUUUUGACUGAAUUUUUCAAAAUAUUGCCAAUAAAAUAGAAAUAUAGGUUGAGAUUUUUAAAGGAUAGAUUACAUUACUGAAUCAUUACUGUGAAAAGACGAUGGAGUCAAACACUGCCAACUCUGGUCUGUCUAAAAAAACAGUAGAGAAAGAAACUGGAAAUAUCAUUGACUAUGUGGAUCUAAAAAAAUUACCACAGUUUGCAGUCCUCAAUCAGCAAGUUUUAGGCCUUGUUAAUGCAUCCUCCUGGUGGGAAAGGCAUGGACAAGAUUGGUUUCUUCUCCUUGUAAGCUUUGCUGGAUAUUUUAGCAGUUACUAUUUGCUGACUUACUCGGAUCCACUGACUUUUGUGUCAGGCAUUUUUGUGCUUGGAUUAAGUCACUCUAGUAUCACUGUCAAAUCUGCUCACAUGGCUGCCCAUGGUGCUUUCAGCUCAUCCAAUAUAUGCAACAGAGUAUUAAGCUUCGUUUGCACAGACUUCAUUGGAACUUUUUCUGCAGAUGUCGGCUACAGCAUUCAUGUGAAGUGCCAUCACCCGCACACUAAUAUCAUAGGGCUCGGAGAUUCCAGUACUUUUAGAGCUUCAUUUGUCCCGAGUGUUCUGUAUAUGUUUGUGACACCUCUUUUGAUGCCUGUUUUAACACCUGCAGUAGCCAUGAAAGAAAUCAUGUCAAAAUCCGCUCUCUGUAUAGCACGUCACAUUUUCAUAGCCUACAUUGGUCUUAUCUUUCAUAUAUAUUUACUAAUGUCUAUAUCGGGUCUUCAUAUUUCACUAGCUCUUGCUGUAAUAUUUUUGAGCCGGGAUGUGCUGGCUAUCCCUUAUAUCCACGUAAACAUAUUUCAGCAUAUUGGACUACCAAUGUAUUCUCAGCAGCAUCGUCCAAAGAAAAUAUACCAGAUGACGACAGGUGUACUCAACCUUCCACGUAAUCCAAUAUUGGACUUCUGUUUUGGUCACGGUAUCAUCAGCUGUCACACUGAGCAUCACCUGUUUCCUUCUUUGUCAGACAACAUGUGUCUUAAAAUACAGCCAGUGGUCUUCAAGUUUUGCCAAGAGCAUGACCUGCCAUAUCAUACAGACACUUACUAUGGGAGGGUCUGGCACUUUUUGUCCAACUAUAAACAGUUAAUGGUAGAUUCACCUCCUGUGACAAAAUUUGUGGGCCUACAGUAAAACUUGCCUCCUUUUGGUAAAUUUUUAUAUUUUAUUAUUUCUUGUUACAUAUCAACAUGACAAAGUUUAUGGUCUUUCAUUGAUUUUUCAAAGUAUUGUUUUAGCAUGAAGGUCAGCACACUUUCUUAAGGUUUUGCCAAGAGCAUGACCUGCCCUACCAUACAGACACUAUGGGAGGUUCUGUCACUUUUUGACUAACUAUAAACAGUUAACAGUACAUUCAUCUUCUGUGACAAAAUUUAUGGGCCUACAGUAAAAUGUGCUUUCUUCCUGUAAAAAUUAUAAAUUGUUAGUAACACAUUAACUUUCAUGAUUACGUAAAUGGUCAUUGAUUUUUUUGUUAAUGCAUUGUUAUAUCCUUAAGGUCACAAUACUUUCUUAGGGUUAAGAGGUUUUUGAAUAAAAAAAAUUCAUGUUGGUCAGUUGUACUCACACACCUGUACACAUACAUAUGUUAUGAUCUCGAGAAUAUGUUGUGGAUUAACAUGAACUGCCUACAGAAUCUUGUUUUUUAAAUUUUAUGUUUAUCUAAGUAUAAUGUGUUUACUGGUACUUAGGUUUUUUUGAGAGACCAAAAGAAGCUGCUGCACCUACAAACACAUUCAAACAAAAAUGAAUUAGUUUUAUACACUAUUUAUGUGAUGUUAUUAAAGGCUAUUUAUGUUAUGUUAUUAAAGACUAUUUAUGUGAUGUUAUUAAAGACAAAAUAGUCUACAGUUGCUUAUGACUUGGAAAUAUUUUUUAAUGGUGUAUGUAGGCCUGUAUGAAAUAUCAAUUUAAAAUAACUAAAUCAAAAGGUUAUGCUUUUAAAAUACACUGUACUAAAAAAGUCAUGUAUACCCAUUUGAGUACAAUGUAAAAUGGUAAUUGUGAUUUUUACUAGCACUUUUAGUUCCGAGUUACAAACAUUACAAUUUUUUAACAAAUUUUUUUGUUGUUUAUAAAGGCAACUUUUCAUGUAACAGAGCUGUUUGUAAAUACUAUAUUUAUUGGCUGAAAUCCCUUUUCAUGACAUUUAUUUUAAAAUGAAGGCAAAGUUUCUGUUUAAUCCUUGUUGCUAAAUUAAGUUCCCGGUGAAGACGCCAUGUUUAUUAUAUUAUUUAACAAUUAAUAGAUGUAGUAUUUUUUAUUCCUUUUUCUAGAGCAUGAAAUGCGCAGGAUGUAAUUAUCAUCAUCGUCUUUGAAGUAACGUCUGUAGUAUAGAAGAAAAAGAAGAAGUGUUUUAAAUAAACUAGACUUCUUCAAUCUCAUUUUUAUGAAGGUUUCAGAUCAGUAAUCCUAUAUCUGAGAUGAACCGCGCAGUGGUUUACAGAUCAGGAAGUUCUCCAUAUAGUUUUUUUUUUUUUAUAGGAGGGCUUCGGGGUCAGGGUCUUGUUUUGGGCCUCUCUACAGUUUUUUGGGAGCUAUAAUAUAUGCACAGCUUGUGUUUUUUAUAUAUAUAUAUAUAUAUAUUUUUAGAUAUUUAUAAUAUUUUUAGAAUUGUGGUAUACAAUGUAUAGGAGUUUUAGAAUGGGGGACGACAAGCAAAAAAUUGAGAUAUUUUAUAGUUUAUGAGCAUAUGCAUAUAUCAUGUCAACUAUGAUAUUUUUUUUUCUAAAUGUACAUGAUUCACUGUACAAUUUUAAACAGUCUUUAGGACUAAAAGUCAAAAGUGCCAAAUGAGACCAUACAUCUUUCAAACAUGAAUUUGUAGGUUUGUUAUUUUAUUGAUGCUGUUAAUUAUUUCUUCCUAUGUGUUAUUCAACAAUGAUCUUUAAAUUGAUGCCAACUUGAACGAAAACAAAAUAUGAAUGUGUUUAGCAUAUAUUCACGUUCUGAUUGUAGAUGUGCUAAAUGUCAUGGAAACUGAUUGUAGAUGUGCUUAAUGUCAUGAAAACUGAUUGUAGAUGUGCUUAAUGUCAUGAAAACUGAUUGUAGAUGUGCUUAAUGUCAUGAAAACUGAUUGUAGAUGUGCUUAAUGUCAUGAAAACUGAUUGUAGAUGUGCUUAUUGUCAUGAAAACGUAAGAGACUGCUAAUCAAUCCAGAUAUUUGUGUUGUUUAGCUCUGAAUUGAAAGAAUUUGUUAGAAUCUGCCAGUAAAGUCCUAGACAAUCUAACACUAUUUCAUAAAAGGUGCAAUACGAAACGAACAUGGCUGUAUCUACCCUAUAGUUAGCUCAGAUCAGAGGCAUAGCGAGGGAGGGGGAGAAUUUGAAAAUCCCCCAGGGCCACCACUUGAUGGGGGCCCCUAAAUGAGUAUUUUUUCAUUAAGGAAUAAAUAUUAUGAGUGUUUUUUUUACAUCAAAAUAAUAAUAUUAUGCAAAAAGUAGGGGGCCCAAAAGACGUCAAGCUCCCCCCCCCCCGGUCCUCAAAUGAUGGCAAAUUCCUAGCUACGCCACUGGCUCAGAUAUAUGAUCUAUUCCCCUGCCCCCCCCCCAACAUAUUUAAUGUCAUGUAGCAAAAGGUCCAAAUAAACAAGGAAAGCAAUUAUAAUAAUGUUCAGACUUAUUUCUUAUUCCAUAUGCUAGGAAAAAUUCAUGCAAGUGCUCCUUCUUCCCUAGUACCAUUAGAGAAUGGAAUGGAUUGCCUGAAUCAGAGAGUAAACCGACUUAGCUGAGUUAAAGUCACUGAUUAACAUGCAUGACUAGAUUGACUCAUGAAAGGCGUAGGACGUAAUUAUCUUCUCUUUUGAAGUAACGUCUGUAAUUUAUAAGAUUAGAAGAAGAUAUUAUACGAACAACAAGUCAAAAACUUAUAUUGAUGACAUUGAAGUGCUGUUUCUCAGCAGUUAUUGAGUCUAGGUAACUGAACUAAAAUUAUUGGCAGAGUUAAAGGAAUAACUUCCUUUCUAGAAUGCCAUGUUUUGAUAUGACAUUUCGUUUAUAAAUUGACACAACUGCAGAAACAGGUGUCUUGUAACUUUCUGCAAAGCUAGUUAUAGAGAUCAACAUAUUUUUAAUAGUCCUUCAGUAUAGAAGUGUUAUUACUUUUUUUUUGAGCUAAUUUUUAAUAUAUGUAGGUAUGUAUAGGCCCUAUAUAUAUAUAGAGAGAGAGAGAGAGCGAGACAGAGAGAGGUAGAAAAUAUGUAUUUUUAUUUACACCAAUAAAAUUGUCUUCUCUUUAAGCUAAAUUUAUUUUUUAAUACGUAAAAAUCGUAAAUAUUUAGAUGUCGGUAACCAAUUUUAAAACUUGAUUGUAAGUAAUAAUGUCAUUAAAUGUGCCAAUUUCUUUUAAUUUAUAUUUUUCUGUUAAGUAACUUCGUCAGUUUUUAAAUCAAUCAGAGCUCAAUUACUGUGCGGAAGUAGGGCCUACUAUUGUGGUUACUAAUCAACAGUAUGUUUGCACUUUUUUGUAGUAACGAUUAACACUCACUGUGUUAUAGAUGUGUUUUAACAAUAAAUAAGACGUGUAUAAGAGAAUUGUUUAGCUUUGUUUUGUUUUUUUGUUGCUGUUUUUUUUUUUAAUUAGGAUUUAGUGGCAAUAGGAAUACAUUGAUUUUGUAACAUGGCUGUCUAUUAAAUAAUGUUCAUUGGA